CUUGCUACACGUUGGUAUCCGUUAGGUUGUUGUCGCGGUAAGGCCAGCAGCGUAGUUUAAUAGGGCCGACGCCAAUGGCUUCGGUAUUGCCUUCCUUACUCAAUACACACAAUGGCCAGGGAAUGCAGGAAAACAUAUGAAGUUGAGGCUCUGUGUAAAGCAGCCGAGACUAUUGCUUCUAGCGGACUGAAACUUACUGCCAAGCUACUGUAUGAUGAAGUGUGCUCCGACACGCGCUUGAAGGGCUUGAAUUAUAAACGUGUUCUCAACUUUUUGCAAUACAACAAAGCCGUGCAAAAGUAUAUCCGGCCUAGGCCCAACGCUACCACUCAGCCUUCGAAGAAGCGUGCUAAGUGGACUCCGGACGAUGAAGCAGCGUUUCAGGAAGCAGUGCUCACGCUACAAUCCACCAACAGAAAUGUAACAGCGGGCGCUGUCGUAAAGGAGUUGAAUGGAAGUGCUGCCACGUACAGACAAGUGCACUACCGAGUUGGGCAGUUGGCGAAAACUCAGCGUCAUCUAUGUUCAUCAGAGGAUAAUGUAAACGUCAGCAACAAUAGCGGUGUGGAGGAUGGCGACAUUGGUCGAGGCGCACCCCUACUCGCGCAACCAGGCGCUGCUGCACUGGUGUUGCGAGCGCGGGAUGCACCUCACCGCCUACUCGCCGCUGGGCUCCCCGGACAGCGCGGCGCUCACCAAGCGGGCGGAGGACGCGCCCAGCCCGCUGAGGGAGCCGGCGGUGGCGGAGGUGGCGGCGGCGCUGGGGAAGAGCCCGGCGCAGAUUCUGAUCCGCUGGGCGGUGCAGCGGGGCACCAGCGUGCUGCCCAAGUCCGUCAAGCCCGAGCGCAUCCGCUCCAAUUUGGACGUGUUUGAUUGGGAAAUCCCGGCGGAUAUGUACGACAAGCUCUCGAAGCUGCCGUACCAGCAGCGGAUGGUGGACGGCAGCUUCUGGAUCAAUCCUGCGGGACCGUACAAGACGCUGCAAGACCUUUGGGACGAGUAAGAGGUGGGGCAGAGGAGGGGAGGCUCCUCUUUCUGCAUCCUAUGAUGAGCUGUUUGUUCAGUUGUGUUGGUGAAGUGUUUUGGGGUUGGCUUUGGGGUAUGGUUGGCUAUGGGGUUGCAGAGGAUAGGAAUGGAGUAGACCGUUGACAAUCGUUAAGAUCCAUUAUUGCUACGUUGCAAGCAGCGCUGCAGGAUAGACCUCCGCAGGAAGUGGGACUUGAAGGCCCAUGUGGGUAGCCGAAGUGUAGUUACGGAGUCAAGGAGGGGUUUCAGAGCGGCGCCUCAUCCGCAUGUAAAGAUCUAAGCAGCA